ACAGUGAAUGUGGUGAUGUUUUCUAAAGAAAUACUAUGACAAUGAAUGUGAUGUUGUUUUCUAGAGAAAGACUAUGACAAUGCGAUCAAAUACUACACGGAGGCGUUGGAGCUCAACCCGGCCAGCGCCAUCUACUUCUCCAACCGCAGCCUGGCGUACCUGCGGACAGAAUGCUAUGGCUACGCCCUGGCCGACGCCACCAAGUGUCUGGAGAUAGACAAGAACUACAUCAAGGGCUACUACCGCCGAGCCACAUCCAACAUGUCCCUGGGAAAGUUCAAGGCUGCACUCAAAGACUACGAGACGGUAAGACCGGACACGGUUAGACGAGAGUUAAAGGUACACUCAGCAAGAUGACAGGAUAGGAGGCUUCAAGGUACACUCAGCAAGAUGACAGGAGAGGAGGCUUCAAGGUACACUUAGGAUGAUGACAGGAGAGGAGGCUUCAAGGUGCUCUUAGGAUGAUGACAGGAGAGGAGGCUUCAAGGUGCUCUUAGGAGGAUGACAGGAGAGGAGGCUUCGAGGUGCUCUUAGGAUGAUGACAGGAGAGGAGGCUUCAAGGUACACUUAGGAGGAUGACAUCAUUGUAAAUCCCCAGGUGGUAUAUUUACUGUAGUGGCUACAUUGUCCAAUAUAAUUGUUCCAAAACAUUUCCAUUUUAAUCCUUUAGCCACGAUGGAGAGUGGUGACAUGUUAGUCUUGACGCAUACAAAUCCAAUGUCCAGAGUUUGAUUCAAGUCGAAAAAUAAUAAUACAUUUAUUUGUCGUUCUUCUGGAUACAAAAAUGUAUAGGAUUCUACCAAAAUGAAUUGUGAUCAUUAAACUAAAGAAACAAACAGCAGGGUGGACAUGGUCUGGUACGGUCAAAAGACUGUGCGCUGCCAUUCCGGCCACUCCCAUUAGGCCUUGGAGCGUGUAUUCCUUUUUAAUUGUAUUCUCCAUUGGCCUGUAGAUGGGGUACACACACUUGACAGCGGAUCAAUGGCAAACACACAAACAACAGAAAUGCAUCAUGAAUUGGAAACAUGCAAAUAUACAAUAUUUACCUAUUUGGCUCUGACAGUUACAGUAUGGAACACAGAUCUUAAAGACUACCAACAAAAUACAGAUUGGAGAAGAUUCUGGAAUAAUAUCCCAAUGAAUAUCCCCUGUGAAUCAUCAACUAAUUACACUACAAAUUAAUUUCCAGAUUUUAUUUGACUCUAAAUUGUCUGUUGUGUUCUCAAAUAAAUAUUGGAACCUACAUUGCACAUGUGGGACUGCCCCAGUGUGAACACGUUUUGGUUACAGGUUGCCAGGUCUGUGUCAAGUAUAGUUGGUGCUGCCAUUCCCCAUCUCCCUAAUAUUUUAUUGUUGAACAAUUACUCUUCAUUGACUCUCACAGUACCCCAGAAACGAGUAUAGUUGUACGGAUUGACUCCGGCAAAAAUAAUGUUGGUGACCAGAUGGAAACCUCCACAUAAGCUCAGUUGUUGUUGUAGUAGUAGUAGUAGUAGUAGCAGCAGUAGUAGUAGUAGUAGUGGAGGUGGUGGUGGUGGUGGUGGUGGUGGUGGCGGCACCGAGGGGCGCAGUGGUCUAAGGCGCUGCAUCGCAGUGCUAGCUGUGCCACUAGAGAUCCUGGUUCGAAUCUAGGCUCUGUCGUAGCCGGCCGCGACCGGGAGACCCAUGGGGCGGCGCACAAUUGACCCAGCGUCGUCCAGGGUAGGGGAGGGAAUGGCUGGCAGGGAUGUACCUCAGUUGGUAGAGCAUGGCGUUUGCAACGCCAGGGUUGUGGGUUUGAUUCCCACGGGGGGCCAGUAUGAAAAAUUAAAUAAAAAAUAAUGUAUGCACUCACUAACUGGAAGUCGCUCUGGAUAAGAGUGUCUGCUAAAUGACUAAAAUGUAAAUGUAAAUGUAGUAGUAGUAAGAUGAGGACAGAAGUGGAGAAUGUGGGCGUGUCACAAGGGAGGAGCCAAUAAUGGGGGCGUCUUCACAGUUUAGAAAGUCGCCCUGUUUGAGAUGAUGUCAUCUUGCAGAGGUCUCUACCUUGACAGUGUGAUAACUAGGCAGCCAUUUACUGCCAGGGCUAGAUUCUGUUUUAAUUGUGGUCAGUUCAGUAAAUCGAUCAAAGGUUUAAUCCAUCAAUGAAAUAUUCCAUCAAAUAUACAUUUUGGUCAGUGGAAAAAGGUAAUUUAAAAACGGCUGGUCUUCGUUCCAUGUUGACAUAAACACCCUAAAGCUCUGGCAACAUGGAGCUCUGCUGGCUGGCUCGCUGACUCGCUGACUCGCUGACUGGCUGGCUGGCUGACUGUGCCACAUCACUGACAGUGAUAGCUGCCUGUCUGUCACUGAGACAAAUUUAGAGCAUUGGUGUCAUGGACAUAUUGCUCCACACAGAUGCAACCGCCUCUAUUGGAGGCUAUCACUGAAGCCUUAGUGAGAGGAGAGAAGCAUUAACGAUUUCUAGAAAUCAAAACGGUUUGUAUUAAUUUACUACCAAACCAUGGCUGUAAAAUCUUUUACUUUGCAUUUUGGACUGACCCUUAUGUCAUGUAACUCACCAUGGUACUGACCCAUAUGUUAUGUAACUCACCGUGGUACUGACCCAUAUGUUAUGUAACUCACCGUGGUACUGACCCAUAUGUCAUGUAACUCACCAUGGUACUGACCCAUAUGUUAUGUAACUCACCAUGGUACUGACCCAUAUGUAGUACUGGUACCAGCAUAGUGUUUAAAUGUGAGACUGACCCUAGGCCUGGCCCUGUGUGUUUCUGCCUGGUGUUGUGGGGUUAGGUAGUGCGGGUGCGACCCAACGAUAAGGACGCUAAGAUGAAAUACCAGGAGUGCAACAAGAUCGUGAAACAGAAAGCCUUCGAGAGAGCCAUCGCCAGUGACGAGAUCAAGAAAUCGGUCGUAGACUCCCUAGACAUCGAAAACAUGAGUGAGUAGUUUGUCAUUUUUAUAUUUUAGGAUUCAUUACUUUUUUUAAUCUUUUUGGUUAUAACUGUUUUAAAAGUAUGGAUUUUAUAUCAUUUGAAUGUCUAAAUAAAGGGCUACUGCCUCUAUACAUCAUGGUGCUUUAGAAAUGGAAGAUCUUCAAGGCUGAGUUACAAGGCUGAGUUACUGUAAAGCACCUGGUGACAAAUGUUGCUGUAAAAUGGGCUGUAUACAUUUGGUUGGUUGAUUGUGCCACCAUGUAGUGAUCGAGGACGAGUACACAGGACCGAAGCUGGAAGAAGGGAAGGUGACGAUGACGUUCAUGAAAGAGAUGAUGGAGUGCUUCAAAGACCAGAAGAAACUGCACAGAAAGUGUGCCUAUCAGGUACACCUAUAAUAAUACUGUAAUAUUAGUGUACUUAUCAGGUACACCUAUAAUAAUACUGUAAUAUUAUAGUACUUAGCAGGUACCCCUAUAAUAAUACUGUAAUAUUAGUGUACUUAUCAGGUACACCUAUAAUAAUACUGUAAUAUUAGUGUACUUAGCAGGUACACCUAUAAUAACACUGUAAUAUUAGUGUGCCUAUCAGGUACACCUAUAAUAAUACUGUAAUAUUAGUGUACUUAUCAGGUACACCUAUAAUAAUACUGUAAUAUUAGUGUACUUAGCAGGUACACCUAUAAUAAUACUGUAAUAUUAGUGUACUUAGCAGGUACACCUAUAAUAAUACUGUAAUAUUAGUGUACUUAUCAGGUACACCUAUAAUAAUACUAUAAUAUUAGUGUACUUAGCAGGUACACCUAUAAUAAUACUAUAAUAUUAGUGUACUUAGCAGGUACACCUAUAAUAAUACUGUAAUAUUAGUGUACUUAGCAGGUACACCUAUAAUAAUACUGUAAUAUUAGUGUACUUAGCAGGUACACCUAUAAUAAUACUAUAAUAUUAUAGUACUUAGCAGGUACAUCUAUAAUAAUACUAUAAUAUUAUAGUACUUAGCAGGUACACCUAUAAUACUGUAACUUUAUAGUACUUAGCAGGUACACCUAUAAUACUGUAUUAUUAGUGUACGAAUCAGGUAAACCUAACCUUAUGCAUCAGCUUGAAACCUUAUGUAACUCUGUAUUUGUGUUGACUAAUAAAUUGUCUCCUUUUAGAUUCUGAUCCAAGUCAAAGAACUCUUAUCCAAACUGCCCAGUCUAAUUGAGAUCACAUUAAAAGAGGUGAGACAUCCGUGAUGUAUGUUGACUUCCUGGUAUUGCUCUUCAUCCUGUCCAGUCCUCCAAUUGUCAGAUUUGUAUUUGUAUUGAUUAUGGAUCCCCAUUCCUGGGGUCUGGCAAAAUGAAGGCAGUUAUACAAUUUUAAAAACAUUACAAUACAUUCAUUACAGAAUUCACAACACACUAAGUGUGUGCGCUCAGGCCCAUACUCCACUACCACAUAUCUACAACACAAAAUCCAUGUGUACGUGUGUGUAUGUUAUUGUGUGUGUCUGCAUGUGUCUGUGCCUAUGUUUGUGUUGCUUCACAGUCCCCGUUGUUCCAUAAGGUGUAUUUUUAUCUGUUUUUUCAAUCUGAUUCUACUGCUUGCAUCAGUUACCUGAUGUGGAAUAGAGUUCCAUGUAGUCAUGACUCUAUGUAGUACUGUGCACCUCCCAUAGUCUGUUCUGGACUUGGGGACUGUGAAGAGACCUCUGGUGGCAUGUCUUGCGGGGUAUGCAUGGGUGUCCGAGCUGUGUGCUAGUAGUUUAAACAGACAGCUCGGUGCAUUCAACAUGUCAAUACCUCUUACAAAAACAAGUAGUGAUGAAGUCAAUCUCUUCUUUACUUUGAGCCAGGAGAGAUUGACAUGCAUAUUAUUGUUUGCUCUCUGUGUACAUCCAAGGGCCAGCCGUGCUGCCCUGUUUUGAGCCCUCUUUGUGGCACCUGACCACACGAUUGAACAGUAGUCCAGGUGCGACAAAACUAGAGCCUGUAGGACCUGCCUUGUUGAUAGUGCUGUUAAGAAGGUAGAGUAGCGCUUUAUUAUGGACAGACUUCUCCCCAUCUUAGCUACUGUUGUAUCAAUAUGUUUUGACCAUGACAGUUUGCCAUCCAGGGUUACUCCAAGCAGUUUAGUCACCUCAACUUGCUCAAUUUCCACAUUAUUCAUUACAAGAUUUAGUUGAGGUUUAGUGUUUAGUGAAUGAUUUGUGCCAAAUACAAUCAAUGCUUUUAGUUUUAUAAAUAUUUAGGACUAACUUAUUCCUUGCCACCCAUUCUGAAACUAACUGCAGCUCUUUGUUAAGUGUUGCAGUCAUUUCAGUUGCUGUAGUAGCUGACGUGUAUAUUGUUGAGUCAUCCGCAUACAUAGGCACACUGGCUUUACUCAAUCUGUGGCAUGUCGUUAGUAAAGAUUGAAUAAAGUAAGGGGCCUAGACAGCUGCCCUGGGGAACUCCUGAUUCUACCUGGAUUAUGUUGGAGGCUUCCAUUAAAGAACACCCUUUGUUCUGUUAGACAGGUAACUCUUUAUCCACAAUAUAGCACAGGGUGUAAAGCCAUAACGCAUACGUUUUUCCAGCAGCAGACUAUGAUCGAUAAUGUCCAAAGACUCACUGAAGUCUAUUAAAACAGCCCCAGCAAUCUUUUUAUCAUCAAUUUCUCAGCCAAUCAUCAGUCAUUUGUGUAAGUGCUGUGCUUGUUGAAUGUCCUUCCCUAUAAGUGUUCUGAAAGUCUGUUGUCAAUUUGUUUACUGUAAAAUAGCAUUGUAUCUGGUCAAACAAUUUUUUCAGGCUGAUUGGUCGGCUAUUUGAGCCAGUAAAGGGGGCUUUACUAUUCUUAGGUAGCGGAAUGACUUUUGCUUCCCUCCAGGCCAGAGGGCACACACUUUCUAGUAGGCUUAAAUUGAAGAUAUGGCAAAUAGGAUUGGCAAUAUCGUACGCUAUUAUCCCCAGUAAUUUUCCUUCCAAGUUGUCAGACCAAAGUGGCACGUCAUUGUUCAUAGACAACAAUAAUUUUUUCACCUCUUCCACACUCACUUUACGGAAUUCAAAAGUACAAUUCUUGUCUUUCAUAAUUUGGGCAGAUAUACUUGGAUGUGUAGUGUCAGCGUUUGUUGCUGGCAUGUCAUGCCUAAGUUUGCUAAUCUUGCCAAUCGUGCAUGCUUAUUAAUAACUGGAAUAAGUAAUUUCAUAAAUGUCAAUAUUUAAAUCACCCAGAAAAUAUACCUCUCUGUUGAUAUCACAUACAUUAUCAAGCAUUUCACACAUGUUAGCCAGAUACUGACUGUUAGCACUUGGUGGUCUGAUUAUCCCCUACAGCAUAUAUGAACUGUCCCUGUGCCUAAACCUGUUCUGUUUCCUCCCCAACAGACAGAGAAGAUAACCAUUUGUGGCGACACACACGGACAGUUCUACGACCUUCUGAACAUCUUUGAGCUGAACGGCUUACCCUCCGAGACCAACCCCUAUGUAUCCUGCUCAGUCAUAGCCACGGUCACAUGUGCAGUAAAACUGUUUGUAUUCAAAUAAAUGUACAUGAUAACCCUUAACAAUAUAACACAGCUGUUUAAUGGAGACUUUGUGGACCGUGGUUCGUUCUCCCUAGAGGUCAUCCUGACUCUGUUUGGCUUCAAGCUGCUCCUCCCUGACUCCUUCUACCUGCUCAGAGGUCAGUAUGCUCCUCCCUGACUCCUUCUACCUGCUCAGAGGUCAGUAUGCUCCUCCCUACAGCUGCUCAGAGGUCAGUAUGCUCCUCCCUGACUCCUCCUACCUGCUCAGAGGUCAGUAUGCUCCUCCCUGACUCCUUCUACCUGCUCAGAGGUCAGUAUGCUCCUCCCUACAGCUGCUCAGAGGUCAGUAUGCUCCUCCCUGACUCCUCCUACCUGCUCAGAGGUCAGUAUGCUCCUCCCUGACUCCUCCUACCUGCUCAGAGGUCAGUAUGCUCCUCCCUGACUCCUCCUACCUGCUCAGAGGUCAGUAUGCUCCUCCCUGACUCCUCCUACCUGCUCAGAGGUCAGUAUGCUCCUCCCUGACUCCUCCUACCUGCUCAGAGGUCAGUAUGCUCCUCCCUGACUCCUCCUACCUGCUCAGAGGUCAGUAUGCUCCUCCCUGACUCCUCCUACCUGCUCAGAGGUCAGUAUGCUCCUCCCUGACUCCUCCUACCUGCUCAGAGGUCAGUAUGCUCCUCCCUGACUCCUCCUACCUGCUCAGAGGUCAGUAUGCUCCUCCCUACAGCUGCUCAGAGGUCAGUAUCCUCCUCCCUACACCUUCACAGAGGAAGUUGAGAAGAACACUGUAUAUCAGUGGCCAUUCUUCCGUCUUUGCUAAUGUUUAUAUUCCCCGUGUGUAAUUGACCCUUCGCUAAGCCCUGCCACCCUUGGUUACUGUUACAACCUUGGUCAACAUUUUACCAGGAAGCCCAAUUCCCCAUUCAAACCACUGGAGAAAACCCUCACAAUGAUCUUAAACUGUGCUUUUAAUACACAAUGAAAUGAAACACAGACUACCCCUUGCUGAUCAGGAGACCCUCGGGUAUGUUGUGGUGAACUGUCAUUACAAUUGCUUUAUGGGAACCUGGUCAAAUUAAGUUUGUAGUGUGGCUAACCACUGGAUGGCGCUAAAGGCGCUCUGCAGGCAGUCAAAGCUAUUAACCACGUUUGGAGCUAACAAGUGCUCUCAAAUGGUUUGCUGAUGUCGACAGCCUAUGAGAGUUAUAUUCCUAAUAGCCAAUUUUGCUAUAUUCCAAUUAGUUAUAUUAACUAAUCUCAGAAAAAAAAAAGAAACGUCCUCACUGUCAACUGCGUUUAUUUUCAGCAAACUUAACAUGUGUAAAUAUUUGUAUGAACAUAACAAGAUUCAACAACUGAGAAAUUAAACUGAACAAGUUCAACAGACAUGUGACUAAUAGAAAUGGAAUAAUGUGUCCCUGAACAAAGGGGGGGUUAAAAUCAAAAGUAACAGUCAGUAUCUGCUGCAUUAAGUACUGCAGUGCAUCUCCUCCUCAUGGACUGCACCAGAUUUGCCGGUUCUUGCUGUGAGAUUUUUAUUAUUUAUUUAUUAGUCAUUUUAGCAGACGCUCUUAUCCAGAGUGACUUACAGGAGCAAUUAGGGUUAAGUGCCUUGCUCAAGGGCACAUCAACAGAUUUUUCACCUAGUCGGCUCGGGGAUUAGAACCAGCGACCUUUCGGUUACUGGUACAACGCUCUUACCCACUAAGCUACCUGCCGAGAUGUUACCCCACUCUUCCACCAAGGCACCUGCAAGUUCCCGGACAUACUGACCCUCCAAUCCAACAGGUCCCAGACGUGCUCAAUGGGAUUGAGAUCCAGGCUCUUCGCUGGCCAUGGUAGAACACUGACAUUCCUGUCUUGCAGGAAAUCACGCACAGAACGAGCAGUAUGGCUGGUGGCAUUGUCAUGCUGGAGGGUCAUGUCAUGAUGAGCCUGCAGGAAGGGUACCACAUGAGGGAGGAGGAUGUCUUCCCUGUAACGCACAGCGUUGAGGUUGCCUGCAAUGACAACAAGCUCAGUCCGAUGAUGCUGUGACACACUCUCCCAGACCAUGACGGAAAUCGAUCCCCCGCCAGAGUACAGGCCUCGGUGUAACGCUCAUUCCUUCGACGAUAAACGCGAAUCCGACCAUCACCCCUGGUGAGACAAAACCACGACUCGUCAGUGAAGAGCACUUUUUGCCAGUCCUGUCUGGUCCAGCGACGGCGGGUUUUUGCCCAUAGGUGACGUUGUUGCCGGUGAUGUCUGGUGAGGACCUGCCUUACAACAGGCCUACAAGCCCUCAGUCCAGCCUCUCUCAGCCUAUUGCAGACAGUCUGAGCACUGAUGGAGGGAUUGUGCGUUCCUGGUGUAACUCUGGUAGUUGUUGUUGCCAUCCUGUACCUGUCCCUCAGGUGUGAUGUUUGGAUGUACCGAACCAGUUAGCGUUAGCAAUGUUUUCAAUGAGAGCUAGCUAACCAGCUAGCGUUAGCAAUAUUUUCAAUGAGACCUAGCUAACCAGCCAGCUAGCUAGCUAGCUAACAAUGCAACAACAGUAUAAGUUAUUAUUCUAAAAACACAACAGGCUCUGUAUUUCAUGUAUCAUAGUUGCAAGUACCCCUGGUGCACUGUUCAAUUAUUUAGCCCUUUAAACAAUAUAUAUUUUUAAUGAAAUCUCUGUUUUUGCCAUAGCCAUCCUUGGCUUCCAAGGGUUUGAAACGUGACCUUGUCUGAGGUGUCGGACUCAACUACAGUUGCUAUCCAUCGAAGCGUUGCGAUUGGUUGGCCAAAAUUCUGGGGCGGGGCUUAGCGAAGGGUCGGUCAAUUGUGUUGGUAACUAAUGUCCAUAUGUUCCUGUGUAACUAGGAAACCACGAGACUGACAACAUGAACCAGAUGUAUGGUUUUGAGGGGGAGGUGAAGGCCAAGUACACCACUCCAAUGUUUACGCUCUUCAGUGAGGUCUUCCAGUGGCUGCCUCUGGCACAGUGCAUCAACGGAAAAGUUCUGGUAGGUAACCCUGACCCUUAACCUCUGACCCCUAACCUCUAGCACAGUGCAUCGACGGCAAGGUCCUGGUAGGUAAUUCUGCAUUCAUAACUAUGUGGUAAAUACGUCGUAAAUAUUCGUAAAUACGAGAUGAGUACAUUCACGUUUUGAACUUGGAAUUUGGGGAAUACACUAUUCAAAUUAGUGGAUUCUGCAAUUUCAGCCACACCCGUUGCUGACAGGUAUAUAAAAUCUAGCACACAGCCAUGCAAUCUCCAUAGACAAACAUUGGCAGGAGAAUGGCCUUACUAAAGAUCUCAGUGACUUUCAAUGUGGCACCAUCAUAGGAUGCCACCUUUCCGACAAGUCAGUUCGUCACAUUUCUGCCCUGCUAGAGCUGCCCCGGUCAACUGUAAGUGCUGUUAUUGUGAAGUGGAAAUGUCUAGGUGCAACAACGGCUCAGCCGUGAAGUGGUAGGCCACACAAGCUCACAGAAUAGGAACGCUGAUGCGUAAAAAUCGUCUGUCCUCGGUUGCAACACUCACUAUCGAGUUCCAAACUACCUCUGGAAGCAACGUCAGCACAAGAACUGUUCGUCGGGAGCUUCAUGAAAUGGGUUUCCAUGGCCGAGCAGCCGCACACAAGCCUAAGAUCACCAUGUGCAAUGCCAAGCGUCGGCUGGAGUGGUGUAAAGCUCGCCGCUAUUGGACUCUGGAGCAGUGGAAACGCGUUCCCCGGCGGGAUGAAUCACGCUUCACCAUCUGGGAGUCCGAUGGACAAAUCUGGGUUUGGCGGAUGCCAGGAGAACGCUACCUGCCUGAAUGCAUAGUGCCAACUGUAAAGUUUGGAGGAGGAAUAAUGGUCUGGGGUUGUUUUUCAUGGUUCGGGCUAGGCCCCUUAGUUCCAGUGAAGGGAAAUCUUAACGCUACAGCAAACAAUGACAUUCUAGACGAUUCUGUGCUUCCAAUUUUGUGGCAACAGUUUAGGGAAGGCCCUUUUCUGUUUCAGCAUGACAAUGCCCCCAUGCACAAAGCGAGGUCCAUAUAGAAAUGGUUGGUCGAGAUCAGUGUGAAAGAACUUGACUGGCCUGCACAGAGCCCUGACCUCAACCCCAUCGAACACCUUUAGGAUGAAUUGGAACGCCGACUGCGAGCCAGGCCUAAUCGCCCAACAUCAUUGCCCGACCUAACUAAUGCUCUUGUGGCUGAAUGGAAGUCCCUGCAGCAAUGUUCCAACAUCUAGUGCAAAGCCUUCCCAGAAGAGUGGAGGCUGUUAUAGCAGCAAAGGUGGGGGACCAACUCCAUAUUAAUGCCCAUGAUUUUGGAAUGAGAUGUUCGACGAGAUACUUUUGGUGAUGUAGAGUACCAUCAAACAUUGAGGUCAUCAAAUCAAAUGUUAUUUGUCACAUGAGCCGAAUACAACUGGUGUAGACUUUACCGUGAAAUGCUUGCUUACGAGCCCUUCCCAACGAUGCAGUUUAAAAAUGAAAUAGUAACACAAGGAAUAAAAUACAAUACACAGGAUUGGAGUUACAGUGGGGGAAAAAAGUAUUUAGUCAGCCACCAAUUGUGCAAGUUCUCCCACUUAAAAAGAUGAGAGAUGUUUUGGGGCUGUCGCUGGGCAACACAGACUUUCAACUCCCUGCAAAGAUUUUCUAUGGGGUUGAGAUCUGGAGACUGGCUAGGCCACUCCAGGACCUUGAAAUGCUUCUUACGAAGCCACUCCUUCGUUGCCCGGGCGGUGUGUUUGGGAUCAUUGUCAUGCUGAAAGACCCAGCUACGUUUCAUCUUCAAUGCCCUUGCUGAUGGAAGGAGGUUUUCACUCAAAAUCUCACGAUACAUGGCCCCAUUCAUUCUUUCCUUUACACGGAUCAGUCGUCCUGGUCCCUUUGCAGAAAAACAGCCCCAAAGCAUGAUGUUUCCACCCCCAUGCUUCACACAUCCAAAUGCACUCUAGCAAACUUCAGACGGGCCUGGACAUGUACUGGCUUAAGCAGGGGGACACGUCUGGCACUGCAGGAUUUGAGUCCCUGGCGGCGUAGUGUGUUACUGAUGGUAGGCUUUGUUACUUUGGUCCCAGCUCUCUGCAGGUCAUUCACUAGGUCCCCCCGUGUGGUUCUGGGAUUUUUGCUCACCGUUCUUGUGAUCAUUUUGACCCCACGGGGUGAGAUCUUGCGUGGAGCCCCAGAUCAAGGGAGAUUAUCAGUGGUCUUGUAUGUCUUCCAUUUCCUAAUAAUUGCUCCCACAGUUGAUUUCUUCAAACCAAGCUGCUUACCUAUUGCAGAUUCAGUCUUCCCAGCCUGGUGCAGGUCUACAAUUUUGUUUCUGGUGUCCUUUGACAGCUCUUUGGUCUUGGCCAUAGUGGAGUUUGGAGUGCGACUGUUUGAGGUUGUGGACAGGUGUCUUUUAUACUGAUAACAAGUUCAAACAGGUGCCAUUAAUACAGUUAACGAGUGGAGGACAGAGGAGCCUCUUAAAGAAGAAGUUACAGGUCUGUGAGAGCCAGAAAUCUUGCUUGUUUGUAGGUGACCAAAUACUUAUUUUCCACCAUAAUUUGCAAAUAAAUUCAUUAAAAGUCCUACAAUGUCAUUUUCUGGAGAAAAAAAUUCUCAAUUUGUCUGUCAUAGUUGACGUGUACCUAUGAUGAAAAUUACAGGCAUCUCUCAUCUUUUUAAGUGGGAGAACUUGCACAAUUGGUGGCUGAUUAAAUACUUUUCCCCCCCACUGUAUAUACAGGGAGUACCAGUACCAGAUCAAUGUGGAGCUAUAUACAGGGAGUACCAGUACCAGAUCAAUGUGGAGUAUAUACAGGAAGUACCAGUACCAGAUCAAUGUGGAGCUAUAUCCAGGGAGUACCAGUACCAGAUCAAGUGGAGAAUAUAUACAGGAAGUACCAGUACCAGAUCAAUGUGGAGCUAAUACAGGGACUACCAGUACCAGAUCAAUGGUGGAGCUAUAUACAGGGAGUACCAGUACCAGAUCAAUGUGGAGCUAUAUACAGGGAGUACCAGUACCAGAUCAAUGUGGAGCUAUAUACAGGGAGUACCAGUACCAGAUCAAUAUGCAGAGGUACAAGGUAUUUGAGGUAGAUAUGUACAUGAAGGCAGGGUAAAGUGACUAGGCAUCAGGAUAGAUAAUAAUAAGGUAUUUGAGGUAGAUAUGUACAUGAAGGCAGGGUAAAGUGACUAGGCAUCAGGAUAGAUAAUAAUAAGGUAUUUGAGGUAGAUAUGUACAUGAAGGCAGGGUAUAGUGACUAGGCAUCAGGAUAGAUAAUAAUAAGGUAUUUGAGGCAGAUAUGUACAUGAAGGCAGGGUAUAGUGACUAGGCAUCAGGAUAGAUAAUAAUAAGGUAUUUGAGGCAGAUAUGUACAUGAAGGCAGGGUAAAGUGACUAGGCAUCAGGAUAGAUAAUAAUAAGGUAUUUGAGGUAGAUAUGUACAUGAAGGCAGGGUAAAGUGACUAGGCAUCAGGAUAGAUAAUAAUAAGGUAUAUGAGGUAGAUAUGUACAUGAAGGCAGGGUAAAGUGACUAGGCAUCAGGAUAGAUAAUAAUAAGGUAUAUGAGGUAGAUAUGUACAUGAAGGCAGGGUAAAGUGACUAGGCAUCAGGAUAGAUAAUAAUAAGAGUAAAAUAAAGAACAGAGUAGCAGCAGCAUGUGAUGAAUGUGAAAGUGUGUGUUGUGUUGGUAUGCAUGUGUGGGAGUGUCAACGUAGUGGGUGUGUGUGUGUGUUAAUGUGCGUAGGGUCAGUGCAAGAUAGUGCAGAUAGUUUGGGUACCAUUCAUUGACUAUUUAGCAGUCUUAUGGCUUGGGGUUGGAAGCUGUAUCGGAGCCUGUUGGUCCGAGAGCCGGUGCUCCGGUACCGUUGGAAGCUGUAUCGGCGCCUAUUGGUCCGAGAGCCGGUGCUCCGGUACCGUUGGAAGCUGUAUCGGAGCCUGUUGGUCCGAGAGCCGGUGCUCCUGUACUGUUAGAAGCUGUAUCGGAGCCUGUUGGUCCGAGAGCCGGUGUUCCGGUACCGUUAGAAGUUGUAUCGGAGCCUGUUGGUCCGAGAGCCGGUGCUCCGGUACCGCUUGCCAGAUGGCUGGUGAUUGUUUUGCUCUUUUUGCCCAUAAAAAGUAUAUCCAGAUCUGCUUUCUAAAUCAAAAGGAAAAAUAACAGAAUACAUUUUUAUCAAUUUGUGUUUAGUUCUUACCAUAAUCAACAACUGCUGAAGAUGUCGCCAUGCUUGCUGUCUUGUUUGUUGACAACUGACGUCAGAGACACAAGUGGGAAACUCUGGACGAUAGACAAGUUUCCCUCUUGUAAUAACCAGUUGGAGGGGCGUCCAAGUGCAUUUUUUUCCAGUUGUAUGCUGGUAUUUACAAAAUUACAAGCUGUUGUGAACGCAGCAUACGCUUUACCCUGACCCCUAACCUCUGGCACAGUGCAUCAACGGCAAAGUCCUGUUAGGUAUCCCUAACCUUUGACCUCUAAACCCUGAUAGCCCUCACACAGUGUAUCAACAGCAAAGUCAUGGUAGGGUUUCUGUUAAGGCGUCCGCAUGCUUCCCAGCCGAAACCGUUUGGUAGAGUUUGUGCAUAUAUUAUGACGACAUUUUGGACUUCGUGAGUUUUUUUGGGGGGGGCUGUUCGGGCACACAUUUUUCUGGAGGCAAGAAAAGUCGACGCCUCUUCGUCUGUGAUUGGUCAACAGUAGGGAUUCUUCAAUAAAGUCUGUCAUUCAGUGAGAGACGACUCAUUUUCCUGCACAUCUUUUCAUUGAUAAACACUGCACCAAAAUUCUUAGUUAGAUGUAAAAUUGCGUGACUAAGAUCUCUUCGGCAAAAACAUCAAAAUUAAUGACCGAUUUCUUGAGUUAGAUUAAUUCUGACUCAAAAUGGACAAACUGUACUAUUGCUGCUUUUUUCUCGUUUUUCAAGCAAGGGUCUUUUAAGAGAGUAUUCAAGCACUCUCGUUCAGUUCAGCUAGCCGAGUUCUGCUAGGCCCCAGCCCAACUGAAGCAUGCUGACACCUGUAGGCUUCCAAUGGUAGAACUGGACAUUUUGAGAAUAUUGUCUAUAGUUGUGUUGUGUCUGUGUCAGGUGAUGCACGGAGGGCUGUUCAGUGAGGACGGAGUGAUGCUGGAUGAUCUGAGGAAGAUCGACAGGAACAGACAGCCCCCAGACUCUGGUAAGAGCGAUCAAUUAAUCGAUAUCUUUGUCUCAUUUAGGACCUAGGAUUUAAAAUGUUGUUUAAUCAACUGUUUGUUUUCUUCAGGUCCCAUGUGUGAUCUUCUCUGGUCUGACCCACAGCCACAGGUUUGGUGCCCGGCACUGCCCUAGAAAUAUACUCUGUCAUCAACAAUAUAUAAUUAUUAUAUAAUCUGGUUUAAAUAGCUGUGCUGCAUGAUGUCAUCUGUCUAUUUAAUGAUUUUCUCUACCCCCUCCCGACCCUCAGAAUGGGCGGUCUGUCUCUAAGCGAGGUGUGAGCUGUCAAUUUGGACCUGACGUCACAGAGCGGUUCCUGGAACAGAACAACCUGGAUUACAUCGUCCGCAGCCACGAGGUCAAGGCCGAGGGUUAUGAGGUCACACACUCAGGGAAGUGCAUCACAGUCUUCUCAGCGCCCAACUACUGGUAACUAGGGCAACAGACUCACUAUUCAAUCCCACUUUAGUGAUUUGCUUCUGCAUUGUCAGAUCUAAAACAAUAUCUAUUGUAAGACUCUCACAUGUCAAAUGUCACCCCCUCUAAAGGCGUAGAGUUUAAGAUCACAGUAAAUGUCUUCUCUCUCUCUCUCCCCCCCCCCCCCCCCCCCCCUCUCCCCCCUCUCUCUCCCUCCCCCCUCCCCCUGUCUCCCUCCCUUCUUCCCCCCUCCCUCCCCUCUCUCCCUCCCUCCUUCCCCCCUCUCCCUCCCUCCUUCCCCCCUCUCUCUCCCUCCCUCCCCUCUCUCCCUCCCUCCUUCCCCCCUCUCUCUCCCUCCUUCCCCCCUCUCUCUCCCUCCUUCCCCCCUCUCUCUCCCUCCUUCCCCCCUCUCUCUCCCUCCCUCUCCCUCCUUCCCUCCCCCUCCCCCCCUCCCUCUCUCUCCUCUCUCCCCUCUCCCCCCCAGUGAUCAGAUGGCUAAUAAAGGAGCGUACAUCCACCUCAGGGGAUCAGACCUCAAACCAGAGUUUCACCAGUUCACUGCUGUGGUCAGUACAUCUGA